AUAGUAUUAUGCAGCAAAUCUCCAUAACAUCAUAAUAUUAUUCAAAUUCUUCAAUAUUAAGAUAUUAACCUAUGCAACUAGACAUGUUAUAAUUUCAACAAGAUGAUGAAAUGUUUCAACUAUUUCAUACUUAUCUUCAGCACAGUUACUCUUAUGGAAGUUUCUUCAAACUGUACAAUGGAAACAUAUGGAAUGUACUGCACAAACUUGAAGACAAACAAUGAGAGUGAAAUAUUGGUUUUGGAUUUGGAAGGAGAAAACAACACCAAUGUGAAAUCAGUAUUUUUGAGAAAUAGUUCUGGUUCAAUUGGGGAAGAUACAUUUUCUGAAAUAUCCCAAAUAGACUCAAUGGAUAUUCAGUUUUGCAGCAUUAAAAAUAUCUCAACAGAUAUGAAAUCACUUCAUAUGCUCUACUUAAUUAAUAAUUCAGAGCUUCCCAAUAUUACAAACACUCUAAUGAAACAUUUCCCAGAACUGAGGAUAUUAUACAUUUCAAAUAAUCAUUGGCUCAUCAUACAGAAUUGUUCUUUCAAGAGCUCACAAAAUCUACAACAUCUAACAAUAAAAGGACAAGAAAUAACAAAAUUGAGUAACAACUUUUUAGAAGGACUGAUUGAGCUAACAUAUUUGGAUUUGAAAGGGAAUGGUAUUGAGCAUAUUGAUGAGAAUGCAUUUUUCAGUAUAAAAAAACUGAACCAUCUAAUACUGAAUGAUAACAAAAUUAAACAAUUUGAAGCAAAUACUUUUUCCAAUUUGACAAACUUGGAGAGUUUAGAUUUAAUUGGGACUGAUUUGGUGAAAUUAGACCAACAAGUGCUAAGGAACCAGCAUGAAUUGAAAUACAUUGGACUACCAUCAAAACUGCUGAAAGAAAAUUUGGAACUGAAACAGUUGACAAAUACUUUCAAAAAACUGGAAUCCAUUGGAUUGUCAUACAAUGAUAAGAAUGACACAGAUAUUGAUAAAUUCAUUGAACUGUGCAGAUUCAGUGGUUUUCAGAUAAAAUUUGUGACAAAUAUGGAAUAAGGAAUGAAAUAACUGAGAUAAUCUUACCUGAAACCAUAAAGCAUUGACUAGUUUGCUCAAUAAAAAUAAAGGGAUAACCCAUACUGUCCUGAAUAUCAACAGUAACAUUGGUUCCAUCCAAGACCAUACAAAUUUACCCAUAAAAGAUUCAUUUCCAAAAAUAUAUCCAAAUACUUUAUUGAUGGUAGGAAGCAGUCCAUACUCAAAUAGUAGUAUGCUCAUCAAAAAUAUGCCUCCAUUCAGAACACCACAUUGUAUAAUUCUUUUGGUAACUUUGGAUUCUCUAUAAAAAA